AAUAAUGUUUCCCGGUGGUAUCAGUGGGUAUUGGGCAUUGUGGCGGCCGAGACGCUACGGUAUGCACAUGCAUAACGCGCCAUAGUGGAAAUUGUCCAAGGAUUGGCCGCGCUUCGUCAGACGUAUAAAGGCCGUGCCGCGGUGCGGGAUGUAGCCACAGCAUUCGAAACAAACGCUCCUGUGCGCCUUCGCGAUGAAGUUCUCUUCCGCUUCCGUUCUCGCGCUGCUCGCGUCCGUCGCUACGUUGUGCGCCACUGCUCCGGCCCCCGCCGUCACCGCCGAGGCGGCUGAUGCAGUUCCGGUCCACACGUACACGAUGACUCGGAUUAUUAACACUCUCAUUCCCGAGCCGCCGUACUUGACGGAGAUCACGAAAACGAUCGUUUUCACCGAAUACGCGACUCCUACGCCCAACUGA